AUGACUGCCACCACAAGCACGACGGUGCAGACGGAAGCCGACGCGGCGGCGACGAAGAUCUGGGCGGAGCAGUGGUGGCCUCUCGGCUUCACGGCACACACGAGCAGAGCUGCGCCGGUCGCGGUGACGCUCCUCGGGGCGCCUCUUGUGGUGUGGUGGGACGACAGCGCCGGCGCAUGGCGGUGCACGCUCGACCGCUGCUCGCACCGCCUCGCCCCUCUCAGCGAGGGCCGCGUCACUAGCGACGGCUGCAUCGAGUGCCCCUAUCACGGCUGGGCCUUUGACGGGCAAGGGCAGUGCGUGCGUGUGCCGCAGCAGGAGGAGGGGUCCGCGCCGUGCCGGUCGAGGCGUGCGGCGGUGCUGGCGCUGCCCAUCAUGGAGGCGCAGGGUAUCAUCUGGGUGUGGGGCGGAGGGCUCUUCGAGAGCGCGGCGGUGACCCCGCCGGAGGAGAGCGGCCCUGCGCUGGUCGAUGUGCUCGAGCGGCCCGGGGUCGAGCACUCAGACUAUAGCCGCGACCUGCACAUGGACUGGUCGACGCUGUGCGAGAACGUGAUGGACCCGGCGCACCUGCCGUUCACGCACCACAAGACCAUCUCCCGUCGCUCCAAGGCCGCGCCGAUCUCCUUUGGCGCUCUCGAGAACUUCUCACACACCGGCUUCACCGCGGUGCGCCAGACGGCGGGAGGACCGGGACGGCUCACGUUUCGCGCGCCGCUCCUCGUCCUCGCCGAGACGCACCGCGGCCCAGAUUCGUACUCGGACUGGAACGUCGUCUACGCCGUCCCUACCGAGCCCGACCGCUGCCGCCUCCUCGUGCGCGUGGUCUUCGAAGUGAGCAAGCUCCCGAUCCCGCUGAAGUGGGUCCUCUCCUUCGCCUUCACCAAGCAGCCGACCUGGUGGACGCACCUCGGCACCCAUCAAAUCCUCGAGGACGACAACCCCUUCCUCCACGCGCAGGGCCACGCCUACCGCGCCGGCCAUGCCACGAAGCUCGCGCCCGACUGGAAGCGGCGCCUCUACAUGCCAACCGCCUCCGACGGCAUGGUCGUCGCCUUUCGCCGUUGGCUGGACGCGUACAGCGAUGGCGAGGGCGCUCUCUGGUCGCGCGUCGCGCCGACGACAGAGACGCCGCUGCGGCGGGCCAGCAAGGAGGAGGUGCUCGAGAGGUAUCUCAGCCACGUGGCGCACUGCAGUGCAUGCUCCGGCGCGCUGCGCAACAUACGCACGACCAUGCGCCUCGCCGAGGGAGGCGUGGUGCUAGGCCUGCUGCUCGCUGCACUUUUGCGAGCGCGCCCCGCCGCCCUGGCCCUCGCGGCGCUGAGCUUCGGCGUGGCGCGAUUGGAGCGGUUCGCCGCCGACUCGAUCGCGGCGCGCGUCUGGUGCGGCAGGUAG